GAAAUGUUAAAAAACAAAAGAAAAUAAAGGAAACUAAUUAAGGGUCACAUUAUCAUCAUCAUUAGGAAUUAAUCACAAACAAACAAAAAAAAAAAUACAAAGAAUUGAGCCAACUCAAAUUGUGUUAAUGCAUCUAACAGCAGUUUUCUCUCUCAGAUGAUAUAGUAGUUUGAAGGAGAAGAAGAAUCUCAGCUUGAUACACUAGUAUUUGGUUAGAAAAUUUUGUGGAGGAUUAUGGUAGGUUCGAGAGAUUAACCAUGUCUUGCACCGGUGAUGUGUUUGAACCGAUUCCAAAGAGUAAUGCUAAGCAGCGGGCGAUCCUGGUGGAAUGGUUCAACAGUCUUCUUCCUCAUGUAAAUUUGCCUAUAAAUGCUUCAGAUGAGGACCUAAGAGCAUUCUUGGCCGAUGGCACAGUAUUAUGCCAAAUCUUAAGCAAAUUGAAGCCUGGUUCAGUUGCCGAGGUUUUGUGUUGUUCACUUGCACAUCAUCAUUCAGCAAAUUCAACAGAAGAUAUGUUUGCUAAUGGUUGUUGUAAAUAUGUGCUUGUUGCAGUAUGGAGGCCCUUUUCAGAGUUCAGAUUUGAGGUCAGAAAAUGUGAAAAGGUUCUUGACAGCCAUGGAGAAUAUGGGGCUGCCCACAUUUCAGUUAUCAGACCUAGAAGUGGGAUCCAUGAAAAAUGUGUUGGAAUGCCUUUUAACUCUUAGAUCAGACUUCUUGUCAACUUCCGGGGACCUUCAACGAUCUGAUUCAAUCAGUCAGUUUGGAGGUGAAGUUCAUACAAGAUGGAAGAUAUUAGGGGACUGUUUUAAGAAAAAAAAUAACGCUCAUAAGGAUGAAGCAAAUCAAGGGCAUUCUUCAUUCCAACGUGCAUUGCGUAGUCCAGUGAUGGGAGAGCCAUCAACUGCGCUAAUGCAGCACGUCGGCCACAAGUUUCAUGAGGUAUUUCAGCUGAAGAAUGGACGCUAUGCAGAUCUGCCUGCUUCAAAGAUUUCAGAAAUGAUGAAAUCUAACAGUUUGGAUAAUGCGCCUACUCAAUCACUUCUAAGUGUUGUCAACGGGAUUCUAGACGAAAGUGUUGAGAGAAAGAAUGGAGAGAUACCUCAACGGGUUGCAUUGCUUCUGAGAAAAGUUGUACAAGAGAUAGAGCGACGAAUAUCUACUCAAGCAGAUCAUUUAAAAACGCAAAGCAAUAUGUUCAAGGCUCGUGAGGAAAAGUAUCAGUCCAGGAUUCAAGUACUUGAAGCUCUCGCACAUGCAAUGAGUGAUGACAGUGAGAAUUCUACGAAAGAGCAGCAGGAGCAGCAUCAUAAGGCCAAAAUUGAGGAUAGAAGAAAGGCUGAGGAACAGGAUGCUGCUAAAGUGACCCCUGCGAAAGAGGAUCAUAGCCAGGAAAUUGCAGACUUGAAGCAAGAGCUGGAAACUGCAAGGAAAGCCCACGAGCAACGUUGCUUACAAAUGGAAACAGAAGCUAGAGCAGCUCAACAAGUUUUACAGGAGAGGCUAAAUGAAGUUGAGAAACUCUUGACCGUGUCAAAGAGUAGAGUGAGGGAUCUCGAGGCAUCUUCGGAACAAAAAUCAAAGGGUUGGAACAAGAAAGAGCACAUAUACCAAAUAUUUACAGAAUUUCAGCUUGGUGCCCUGCGUGAACUCAAGUUUUCUACACAGUCAAUCAAGCAAGAAAUUGUGAAGACGCAGAAAGGCUACUCGGAGGAAUUUAAUACCUUAGGAACUAGGAUCAAAGCAUUACAGAAUGCGGCCGAGAGUUACUACUCACUCCUCUCUGAGAAUCAAAAGCUACAUAAUGAGCUUCAGGAGUUUAAAGGAAAUAUCAGAGUGUACUGUCGUGUAAGGCCAUUCAUAACUGGGCAGAAAGAAAGCCAGACAAUUGUUGAAUAUGUUGGUGAGAAUGGGGAACUGAUCGUUGUUAAUCCUGCUAAGCAAGGAAAAGAAAGCCGUCGCCUCUUCAAGUUCAACAAAGUCUAUGACCAAUCUGCAACACAAGUUCAAGUAUACUCAGAUACACAACCCUUAAUACAAUCAGUUCUGGAUGGAUAUAGUGUUUGCAUAUUUGCUUAUGGUCAAACUGGCUCAGGGAAAACCUACACCAUGACAGGACCUGAUCGAGCUACUGAAGAGGAAUGGGGGGUCAACUACCGCGCCCUAAACAAUCUCUUUGCAAUUAGUCAGAGUAGAGAGAGCACGUUCCAUUAUGACAUAUCUGUUCAGAUGGUUGAAAUAUACAAUGAACAAGUUCGCGAUUUACUGGCAGCCGAUGGUUCUCAAAAGAGACUUGGGAUCUUGUCAACAGCCAAACAAAAUGGAUUAGCGGUUCCUGAUGCCAGUAUGUAUCCUGUAAGAGCAACAUCUGAUGUAAUGCAUUUGAUGGAUGUUGGAUUGAAGAAUAGAGCUAAAGGUUCGACUGCACUAAAUGAAAGAAGCAGUCGAUCACACAGCAUUGUUUCUAUCCAUGUUCGCGGGGUAGAUCAGAAAACUGGAUCAACGAUGCAAAGUAGCCUUCAUUUGGUAGAUCUUGCAGGAAGUGAAAGAGUCGACCGUUCUGAAGUCACUGGUGAUAGACUAAAAGAGGCACAACAUAUAAACAAAUCUUUGUCAGCCCUUGGUGAUGUCAUAUCUGCUUUGGCACAAAAGAGUUCUCAUGUUCCUUACAGAAACAGCAAGCUCACUCAAGUUCUCCAGAGCUCAUUAGGUGGAAAUGCAAAGACACUCAUGUUUGUGCAACUAAAUCCUGAGUCAAAUUCUUAUUCUGAAAGUCUCAGCACCUUGAAGUUUGCUGAAAGGGUAUCUGGAGUCGAGCUCGGUGCUGCAAAGAGCAGCAAAGAUGGCAGAGAUGUUAGGGAAUUGAUGGAGCAGGUUGCAUCCCUGAAAGACGCAAUCGCUAAGAAAGAUGAGGAGAUAGAGAGAUUACAACUGAAUAUGCACCAUGGAGGCAGUGCAGAUUCAUCUAGGUAUGGGCCUUCCUCUCCGAGGACUCCUCAACGAAGCAUGAAAUUAUCAUCAUCAUCUGGUGGUGGGGAGAAAGCAGCAUCUGAUGUUGAAGAAGAAAACUCAGAGAGUAGUGAUAACCAUUCUGAUUCUGUAGAUAGUUUUAGAUCCCAAAAAGACUCCCUCCAGCAAUCCAAGACUACUGCUGGAACUGGAGGGAUUAUAGGUCAGAACACAUCCCUAAAGCAAAGACUGAUCAUCAUCAGACCUUAUAAUCUUAGAAAUGUAGAUCAUCUGGAAGAAGAGAAAUACUAAUCGAUGUAUCUAAUUUGUGAUUUUUCUUUGGACGCAGAAACUGAUGGAUCACCGGGCAGUGGCCAUAUCCGGGACAAACCAAAGCGACCAGAGAUUACAGAGAAGUAAGUUCCUCAGUUCUUGCUUCUCAAAGAUUUUUUCAGCAAACAUUUGCAGAUUUACCCCCAUUAUGCUUCAAAAGAUUCAAAGUUUAAGACCAACUUCUGAACAUCCGAAAGUCGAUUUUCAUUCAUGAGAAGUGAAAACUCAUUGCUUUGCAGGAUUAGGACAACAUCAAGAUCUCCAAGAACCCCUGACAUGUCACCAAGGGCUUCUCCCAAAAUCUCAACUGGUAAGGAAAAAAUAACAUCUUUUUCUUCACUUUCAUGAUGCAUGAAAACAUUCUUCUUGAAUGAAAUUAGCUGAUGCAUUACCUGAAUCCAUUCAGGAAUCAGAAGAUCACCAAGUACAACCAGCUUACAACCUAGACCAACUCCCACCUGGAGAUGAAGUGAAGCAUUUUUUUUUUUAAAGCUUUUAACAUUAAUUUAUUUUCUUACAGUUUAUAUGUAUAGUAUUUCAUUACAAUCACCUAAAAGGGAAAAAUGUUGCAGAUUCUUUGUGAAGAAUUCAUGCUGAUGUAAUUAGCAUAGGACCAGGUUGAAGUUUUUUAAUUGUAUAAACUUCAAUUUGCCUUCUGUGUACGUAAUUAUGAUCAGCCAAACAGUUGGAUACAAGAAACUGUCUUUAUUACAAAAUGUAAUACAUUAUCAUUCACUGAUGUGACCCCUGAUAUGAAUGAUUGAUUCAUUUGACUAAUCUUCUAAAUAAGCUCUCAAGUUUCCCUUAAAU